UGGCUGAGAGGGCGGCCCCCCUCGUGCCUGCCCUGGGGCCGCCAUGCGGGCGUGCGCCUGGCUGCGCAGUUGAGGUUGGCUGUGGAUCGCCCUGCUCACAACUGCUCUGUUCGAGCAUGAGCAACAUCUCUGCAGCUAUCGCGAACGACUACAAUAAGUACAAGGUCGGUGGCGGCAGGGCGGGGGUGUACAACCCCCAGGUUCUGACUGGCAAGCAGUCAGUGGACCAGUUCGACCUCGCCCCGCAGCGGCUGCUGGAGAUACAGCAGCGCAAGGACCAGGAAAGGGCGCUGAAGCGCCAGCUGCGCGAAGCCGAGGGGGGAAGGUGGGGGCGGUGGGCUCAUGCGUGGGCUUGCCAGGGAGGUUCGGAGUACAGUCAAAUCGGGCCACAAGGAUGAGUCGUCGCAACAAGGCGCCCUUGCACCCUUUGGUUCUGGACACCAUUUGCAUGUUUUGAUAGUUCGACGCAAUGGCACCCCUGACUUGGCGCGUUGUAGGCUCCUCGCGUCCGUAAGCGUCCUUCUGAUUGCUUAUUCUAUUAUUUCUAUUGCGCCGUGCCUACUAGGAGUAUUGACUUGUCUCCCUUCAGAAGUAUUGUCUCUGUCAGCUGGGAAUGCGCGCCUCCGCAAUCAGCGUUGCCCAUGCCAGGGUUAUUGUUUCCGCACGAAGUAUUGGCUCCGCCAGGAGUGCUGUGCUGUCUCCUGUCAGCACUUUUGUCAGGCAUUACUGGCACCACGAACGCUACGAACAGCGCAGGCAUCACGGUCAUCACAGGGCACCAAGGCAC